UGCAAUAGCUGUAGUGCUAUGCAUACAGAGCGAGAAUCGGUAUGCUGCCGUGAUGUUGAACAAACAAACUUCAAACUGGAUGUGUUCAAUGAAGAAGGCCAUGACAUUGAAUGUAUAACAGACCACCCCGGGUUUGGCACUGUUUGCCUUGACCGCUAUGUGCUAGAGACUGCAUACUACCAGUACAGACAGCAGUAUGGAGUGCCGCAACAGGAAGAUAAUGAGCAACAGAGAUAUGUGGCAUAUCGCCAGUUUGUCAGAUGGUGUUGGGGAUAUUUGGGAAGAGAGGUGCGUGUUUUACUUCCAUCAUGUGCAGUUCAAAGGAUUAGGGCGCAGUUUCCAUCACAGCAGUAUGAGGGAUUUCAGGACUCAUAGGCAGUCAUGACAGAUGUUUGCGACAUAUUGUUUGCUACUUAUGUGUCAGAUUUCAAUUUUACUAUUCCAAUAUUUUACCACAAGUGUUUUGUGUUUUUUGUGAUGAAUCAAUUGAAAUAAAAUGUUUGACAGGUUGGAUUACUUUUGCAUUUGUUUGAACUACGAAAAUGAUUCCUUAGUGCAAGGCCAUG